GGUGAGGGACGUUUGGCGCGGCUGGUAAACUAACUGCUUCCAGCGGAGGGAGAGGAACUACUGAGGUCAAAACGUGCGGCUCAAUUGCUUUCUGUUUUUUUCUUGGAAAAAGGACAGUGACACGUAGAGAUAUUCGUACAUUGACUAAGAGAGGGAGUUGGUGCUGUGUAACUGCGUUUUUGUUAAUUCCCUAGUCAGCCGAAGCUUGCCCUGCGCAGGCAGCAGACGGAAACAACUGAAAAUGCCCCCCAUCGAAAAUGACACCGGGAAAAAUGAACUCAAAUCUCGGAUACAACAGCUUAUUGACUCCAAUCAAGUGGUGGUUUUCAGCAAAAGUUACUGUCCGUAUUGUGUAAAGGUGAAAGACUUGUUCAAAGAGCUGAAUGUCGAGUGCAAUGUGGUGGAGUUGGAUCUAAUCGAGGAUGGAACCCACUACCAGGAGAUGUUGCUUGAGAUGACUGGACAGAAGACUGUUCCUAAUGUCUUCAUCAACAAGACGCACAUUGGCGGCUGUGACAAAACAAUGGAGGCUCAUAAAGACGGCAGCCUGCAGCAGCUACUGAGCGGAGAAAAUGAAGCUUAUGACUACGACCUGAUCGUCAUCGGAGGAGGAUCUGGAGGCCUGGCCUGCUCAAAGGAAGCAGCUACGUUGGGGAAGAAGGCCAUGGUACUGGACUAUGUUGUGCCCACACCAAAGGGAACCACCUGGGGUCUCGGUGGAACUUGUGUGAACGUUGGCUGCAUUCCCAAGAAGCUAAUGCAUCAGACAGCCUUGCUGGGCACGGCCAUGCAGGAUGCACGCAAGUUCGGCUGGGAGUUUGACGAGACAGUGAAACACAACUGGGAGACGAUGAAGACUGCUGUGAACAACUACAUUGGCUCAUUGAACUGGGGAUAUAGGGUGGCACUGAGAGACAAGAAUGUCAACUAUGUCAAUGCCUAUGCAGAGUUCAUUGAACCGCAUAAAAUCAAGGCAACAAACAAACGAGGGAAAGAGACCUUUUACACGGCAGCUAAGUUUAUCUUAGCUACAGGCGAGAGGCCACGCUACCUGGGCAUUCCUGGAGACAAGGAGUACUGCAUCACCAGUGACGACCUCUUCUCGUUACCUUAUUGUCCGGGAAAGACCCUGGUGAUAGGGGCGUCGUAUGUGGCUCUGGAGUGUGGUGGUUUCCUUGCUGGCCUGGGUCUCGAUGUCACCAUCAUGGUCCGGUCCAUACUGCUGAGAGGCUUUGACCAGGACAUGGCCAACCGUGCCGGAGAGCACAUGGAGGAGCACGGUGUCAAGUUCCUCCGUAAAUAUGUCCCUAUAAAGGUAGAGGAGCUGGAAGCAGGCACUCCUGGCAGACUGAAGGUGACGGCCAAGUCCACAGAAACCAAUGAGAUCAUCGAGGGAGAGUACAACACUGUGUUGAUAGCAGUGGGCCGAGACGCGUGCACAGACAAGAUCGGCCUGGACAAGAUAGGGGUCAAAGUCAACCCCAAGAAUGGAAAAAUUCCAGUCAACGAUGAAGAGCAGACCAACGUGCCCCACAUCUACGCCAUCGGAGACAUUCUGGAAGGCAAGUGGGAGCUGACACCUGUGGCCAUUCAAGCUGGCAAGCUGCUGGCACGACGCCUCUACAGUGGCUCAAAACUCAAGUGUGACUACAUCAAUGUUCCCACCACUGUUUUCACCCCACUGGAGUACGGCGCCUGUGGUCUGUCAGAGGAGAGAGCCACUGAGCUGUACGGACAGGACAACCUUGAGGUGUACCACAGUCUGUUCUGGCCUCUGGAAUUUACUGUGCCAGGCAGAGACAACAACAGAUGCUACAGCAAGAUCAUUUGCAAUAAACUGGACAACAAUCGAGUCAUAGGGUUCCACUAUCUCGGUCCAAAUGCUGGCGAGGUGACGCAGGGCUUCGGUGCAGCCAUGAAAUGUGGCGUCACCAAGGAGCAGCUAGACGGCACCAUUGGCAUCCACCCAACCUGUGCUGAGAUCUUUACUACUCUGGAGGUGACCAAGAGCUCCGGUGGAGAUAUCACCCAGGCCGGCUGCUGAGGUUAAACCCUGCUUGUUUAGUGGGCUGCUCUCAUAUUAGACUCUCCUACCAGCUCCUCUCAUCUUAGUUCCCGGUCAACCUUUUAAGCUCAGCCUCACCUCAAGCUGUUUGGUUUACAGAGCAGUUGUUUCUCAGGAAAAUCCUAACAACGUGGCCAGCGUCUGAAUCGGUGAAAGCCCUAAUUCAGGCUCGCUGGGAGCAAAGAGGUGACUGAGAGAAUCCAGAGCUGACGACGUAUGAGUCUUGAUAUGAGGGCAGCCUGCUGAACAGCGGGGUUACUCUGCUGACAUCUUUACCAGUGUGUCUUUGUCAGAGGAGCACCAACACACACACAACUGCCGAGUAUGUUUGUGUGUUUGGGCUGUUUGUGACGUCCUUGCCCGUAACCUGCAAUACUGUGGUGGGCAAGGAUCGAUGUCCCUCUGCAGAAGCACCUGACCGUGGCCCUAAUCCUUCGUCCAAACCCCAGCUUCAAACACUUCUCAUUCACCCCCAGUGUACAGAUGGCGUACAAAUUUACUUUAGUAAGACAAAUUUAAAUUGGCACAGUUCCACGGCUCUGAGCUCUGGUUUAGCUUGUGAUGGAAAUGUAUAAUUUAAUCUGGAGUAUGUGUAUAGAUUAAGUGUUAUCACAUCUCUUUUGUUAAGCCUUCAUCAUUCCACACAUUUUUCUUACCAGGUAUUUAAGAUGAAACUGAGAUGUAUACAUGUUGCUGUCAAUAUUUGCUAUGUGGAGGCACCUGGAUUUAUUUUAUUUUUUCUUAUCUCUACCAAAGCGUUUAUCUAAACAAGUCUGAGAGCUCAAGAGCCAGCAAAUUCCCACCUUUCAAACGUGCUGCAUCAAAUCCCUAUCAGAUUGAGAUUCAGAAUUGAAUGCAACCAGAAUUGUAGUGAAUGUUGUGUGUAAAAAAACAAAACAAAAGCAUUUUCACUAGUUUUUACUCAAUUAAUUUAAUGCUUGUUUGUUGCAAUUUAGCUGUUUGCCUCUGUAUUUUGUGUAUGUAAAAGAUAUAUAAUCCAAUCUUCUAUAGGACAGUUUUCUGAGUGUCAAACUGCUGUAGAUCACUGCUCUCUGAGAAUGUAAUAAAGGAUGAGUUCAUCUUCA